UAUAUUUAUAUAAAACAUUUUUCGAAGAAGGAAAAUAAAUUGUUUCCUUGAGUAAAACACACUUUCGGUUAACUGAUUCCAUAAACCACAGAUUUCCUUGAGAAGCCGAAAAUCGCUCACCAGGUCAAUAAAUUUCCCUGUCUUUAUGGAAUUCACGUGUUCAUGACCGUGUUCACAACAUCCCGCCGAUGGAUACUAUGACGAGACACCAAAGUGCAGCUCAGAUCCACACCCACGUCCUGAAGUAAAUGUCCAGCCGUAGAGAAGUCUCAAGAGAUGUAAAUAUAUUCAACAUACACUUAAAAAAACUCAAGAGAUGACCCAGCAAUUACCUUGGACGGACUGAAGAGAAAUCUUAGUAACAUACGCGGUCUACGGGCAGAGAUUUGAACCCGACACCUCCCGAGCAGUAAGUAAAAGUCAGUUCGACUGUCUGAUGUUUGUCUUAUUAAUUCAUAAUUAACCUAUCGAGCUGUAGAAGGCUACAUUAAUUAACGUAGAUAUUCCCGCUCCAGAAUUUGCCUAAAUGGACCAAAUAUGCUAGAAAUAAAACUUUCGCGAUAACAGAUAAGAUACGAACCAGGGUUUGCCCAAAUAAAACCAAUAUCGGGUCGUUCGUUGUUAUAAAUGGUUAAAAAAAAGUUGACAAUCGACUGCAACCUUUGACACAAGAGCCCACAAUUAGACGCCUUCCCCCAUGACAAGACAAGAAAUGUUAUUUUUUUAAAAAAUUGUUCCUCGAACACAAUGUCCCUACGUCACUUGAACGUUCCGGGCCACCGCCGGCGCAGCGCGCCGUCAGGCACAUGCGCCGACGGCGAAGCCACCCGGAACGAACGGCGAGCAACCGAGAGUGAGCCCUUCGUUCAGUCCUUCAGGGCAGCGAGCGACGCAACGAUCUCCAAUGACCUGCCCGGCUACUGGGACUGCGGGUCCACGUAAGAAGCGCUCUUAAAACACAGUAAAGAUCUUGAAACAGAACUAAGGCAAAACUUAAUACGAUAAUUUUCCACGUUUAAGAAACAGGAGCUACGGAUUUUCAUUUUUAUAUUAACAAAACUCAUAGCAAUUAAACGGUACAUCUGAAAGACAGGCAAAAGAAUAAUUAAUAAGAUUUAUAUUAUAAAAAUCGCACACAAAGGAAUAUUUUAAGCGCUGCUAUUAAAUUUAUCGUAAUAUAUAGAGAAUUCAUUCAGAAAUAAAGAUGUCGGGUAGUAACGCGUUUGCUGGAAACGAGACUAACUACACAGACACGGAACCAGGAUGGACGUACCUCGUAGAGAGAAUUGAACUGUGCUACUCUCUUGCGCUCAUCAUACUCGGAACCUUGGGUAACUGCAUCUCUGUCCUUGUUUUCUUCACGACAAAACUGCGCAAAUUAUCUUCGAGCUUCUACCUAGCCGCGCUGGCAGUCAGUGACACGGGGUUUCUCAUCGCCCUCUUCAUAUCGUGGCUGAACUCGAUCGGAGUGCCGCUGUUCAACGUCUCCGGGGUGUGCGAGGUGGACAAUUACUUGAUAUACGUGUGCAGUUUCCUCAGUGCGUGGCUGGUUGUCGCCUUCACAGUUGAGAGAUUUGUCGCAGUUCGGUACCCACUGCGUCGACCGUCCAUGUGUACAGUAGCGCGCGCCAGGGUUGUCCUAGCCAGCCUCACGGCACUCGCACUGACCCUCAACGUUCCCAACUUAUGGUCCGUGCAGAUAGAAGUAUUCAACAACAAGCCGAUCUGUAGUGUAAACCCACAAUUUACAGUUUUGGCCACGAUAACUAACCACGUGGAUUUCGUGGUCACCUUCAUAUUGCCGUUCUUUGUUAUUGCGACGCUGAACGCUUGGAUCAGUCUCAUGGUAUGGCAGCUGGCACGCGUCCGUCGCGUCCUGACGCUGACCUCGGCAGUACCAAGCCACGGCCAGCGUCGCCGUUCACAAGGGCAGGCUCAGCACGCGGCCCAAUCGCCCAACUCAGAGACCAAAGUCACGAAGAUGCUGCUAGUAGUGUCAACGGUCUUCCUCUGCCUCAACUUGCCCUCCUACGUCAUACGGGUGCACGUGUACGUCCAGGGUUUUAAAUCUGCCAGUGAAGACGAAGGGUUGAUAAUUCUUCAGCACGUCGCCCAAGUAUUCUUCAUCACCAACUUCGGAAUCAACUUCGCGCUUUACUGCGUAAGUGGGAAGAACUUUCGCAGGGCUUUCUGCUCACUUUGCUGCCGAUGCUUGCGCCGACGUUUCGAAAGCUCCCAAGUCACUGUGCUUUCGGAAUACGCGAGGUCCUCCGGGUCAGUGGCCCACAGACGGGGUGCGGCGCUCAAUGGAUUCCAGGCGCCGUGGAACGAAGCCCACGAGCUGUUACCACUCAGCAACUGAACAACACAAGAAUUCGACAGGAACAAACCGGGAAGGGAGACACUUGGUAAUGUUAGCGGUAAGUGAGCGUUUCAUAUGAUGAGCACAGAAAUAAGCGGCUAACACUGUGGUAGCAGAGCCAAAGUUCCAUUUCCGUAAUUCUUACAACCCGUCUUCCCCAGAUCAGUCUUAAUGUUAUCCUCGAAUUUCCUUCUACUCUUCUGGAACAACCUCCAACACGUUCCCCAUUUUAAGUUCCUACUCCACGCCGACGACACCCGAUGACCCACACGAUUACUAAAAUCAUCAAAUGGCUACAAAUAUUUUUCUCCGCACUUUGUGACAUUUGCAGUUUCUGUUCUUCAGAAAUCAGACACUGAGGAAACUGUAUGGACCAGACUCAUUGAUGUAAUUGUAAAAUUAAAUACGCCACAAGAAAACUGUGUAAAAAUCAAGAUAAACAAACAGAAAGAACAUGUGACAUGUGCAAUGCUGAGACACUUAGCAUGAUAAUAUUAAAAUGGAUCAUACCGGCGUAGGCUUGCUGAAAACCAAACGCACAAGACAAGCCAAUCAGUUGAUUAACUGUUGUAACUUAUUGUGUAAAAUCUCUGUGUCUGUGAAAAUCUGUAUCUCUUGAUGAUUCAUGAAAAUAAACAAACCUGUAGGCCA